UUAUUUUCAUUCUGUUUAAAACAAAACUGAACUGUUGAUAUAAUUACUAUAUUGUACGCAGCUGUUUAUUGUUACUUGUAUGGAAUUGUCCAAUGAACGGUUAUCGAACUCAACAACUAUGCGCAUACUAGGAUCAAAAGCGUAACGACAGGAAGCGAAGACCGGAACUGCGGAAUGUUCGUUUUAUUUCAUCACGUGCAUACCUCUUGAAAACCGUUUGAUUCGCAUUUAGUUAGAAGUAUAUCAACCUUCCGUCUGUAUUAAACUUCCAAUAAUCGCGUAACGAACAUCUGAGAAUGAAGUUCUUUCUGUAAAGUUGCAUCUAUGUGAUUUUAAAUAUCCUAUCGAAUUACUAUGAUAAAUAGUUGUGAUAAUCUCUGUGAAAUAUCAUCAGAUUAAGGACUCUGUAAAUUCUGUUUACGAGAGUAUUACAUAAAGUUUCUACUGUAACUAUGUGGCUAAUCUUGUUCAUCUGUUGCUGCUUAUAUUCGUCAUCGCACAGUACCUCGUGGUACCCUGUGUAUCCUAUACUUGGAGAGCAAAUAGAUCUAGUGGGUACACAUAACGAAAGUAUUAAUCACAACUGGUCUAAGAGUAACGAAAACGACGAAGUUAAGGACGUGCUAGACAACAGUGAUACAUUCAAUUCAACGCAAAUACCGUUCAAUUCCAUCGAUCGUGACCGAGAACCCUUGGACGAAGUUGAACGCAUCGACCCCCGAAAUUGGCCUAUCAGACCGGAUAUCUUCUACACUCGAGCUGCUGUUCCUUCUACCACGGAAGUGUCGUUACCAAGAAAUCCGUUUCCAUCCUUGUCAGCGCAAAGAAACUCGUCGACACAAAGGUAUCCACCCGUUACUGCACCACCACCUACAGCCUCAGUAGAUGAAGUCUUUUGCGAUUUUGGAUCAUUCCCGGCACAAACGUUUUGCGAAUGGCAGAAUGGAGAUGGUGUGUUAGACUGGAUAGCUGGUACUGGCAUGGGUACUAACUGGAUGGGUGGUCCUUCAAGUGAUUAUACAACUGGAACAAUGGAAGGAGGGUAUGCCUUUCUGGAAACAUCACAAUUGCCACUAAGGGAAAGUAAAACGAAAACUCUAGGAAGUUUAUUACACAGUCCUCAGUUAGGAAGCACAGGUGUGGUUGGAACUUGCAUCAUGUUCAAGUAUUCCAUGGAUGGUCUCAGCAGUGCCGGUCUUCGAGUUUUACUACAUAUUGGCGUGGACCAAUAUUCUAUCAAAAAGGAACAAACUGAAGAAAUCACACCUGAGAACGUAACGAUACCAUCUUGCAAACCGAUCGACGUCUUCGACGAACGUGUCAUAUGGAAUGCCCAGUAUUACAAUCUUGGAGUUUGGCAACAGACACAAAUACUAUACACCUUCCCUGAAGUACAUUCGUUAAUCAUCGAGGGAAUUCCCGUGGAUCCCACUGACCCAGCGCGAUUAUACAGGGGGUAUAUAGCUGUGGAUGACAUAGAUUUACAACCUGGCACUUCCUGCGUAGGUUUUUGCAAUUUCGCUGGCGGCUUUUGCGAUUGGGCCAACGAUGCAGACGAUGACUUCGACUGGACAAUUAGUCGAGGAAGUGGGAAUCCUACAACAGGUCCAGCAAUGGAUAGUUCAACAGAUCGAUUACUGUCUGGAGGAUACGCAUAUAUAGAUUCCUCGUUCCCUCGUAGACCCGGUGAUAGAGCUAGGCUUAUUAGCACGAGUUUUCCAGCACCAAGUGCCGACACACCUAUGUGUAUGCAUUUCUGGUUCCACAUGUUCGGCUCUGGCAUCGGUACUCUCAAACUUUUUCUACGUCAUUUCCGUAGUUCUGAUACGCCACUACGAGAAAUUUGGAGUUUGAAUGGAAAUUCUGGGAACACGUGGUUCGUUGCUCAAAUUACAAUCGGCUCUCUCGACGAUUUUCAGCUUGUGUUUGAAGCAACUGUAGGAAAUACUGGAAUGGGAGACAUUGCCAUUGAUGAUAUCUCCUUCACACAAGGCUCUUGUCCAGUUGCACCUCAGGUUGCUGCACCUACUCCACGAGAUUGCACCUUUGAGGUGGACGAGUGUGACUGGAUCAAUUCUCGAGAUCCUGAUCGAGUUGAAUGGGAGAGGAUAUCCACGCAAGCACUGAGUCUAAGAAAUCAACGAAAACCGUACAGCAAUGGAUACACGAUUAAUCGAAGAAAUGAAUAUUUUCUUAAUCUUGGUCGACCAAGAGGAGGAUCACGAUCCUCCGGAGGUGGAACAGCUCAGUUGGUCAGUCGAGAAAUGAAAGGCACUGAUGAACCCCUUUGUAUUACUUUCUGGUACUAUAUGUUUGAGUCUUUCAUCGACUCUACUGGGCCAAGUUUAGGUGUGCUUCGUUUAUCCAUACAAACAACUGGGGAAUCUUCCAUGGAAAGUAGACCAAUCUGGCAGCUGUACAAUAAUCAGGGCCCUACUUGGAGUUAUGGACAAAUCAGUUUAAAUGAGAGGAAAGACUUUAACGUAGUUUUUGAAGGUACUUGGGGUCCUAAUCGUGCUAGCGGCAGUAUUGGCAUAGAUGAUAUUUCUUUCUAUACCGGCAACUGUUCUGUGAAACCACUUAGUGCAUCUGUGAGAGCGGAAGAUUGCAGUUUCGAGAAAGGAUUAUGUGGUUGGGAAAACAUUACAUCCUCUGAAAAUGAGCGCACUGUUACUUGGCAACGAGCAUUUCUUGCUCACCGUCCAGCUCAGUUACUAGACAAAACUUUUGGAGCAACUGGAGACUUUGUUUUUUUCGAUAUUUUUACCACGAACAAGCAGUCGACGGAUGUACAAUUACGUUCACCUGUAAUACAAACAUCACCCGAUGAAGAAUCCAUUUGCUUCACUUUUUGGUUCGCUGCCUUUGGAGUCGAGGAGUCGACGACUUUGCAAAUUAUUAAAAUGAAUGCAGAUGAAGAAUUGAACGAAGAAAAUGAUGAAAAUAAUAAUGGACAACAACCUUUAUGGUCAUUAACAGCGAAAGGAUUUAAUAAUCCACGACCUGUAUGGACUGCUGCACAAGUUACCAUAGACGCUCGUGUACCUUACCGAUUAAUUUUAAGAGGAAGUGCCAGUAAUGGAGGUUUUGCGAUAGAUGAUAUCAAAUUUCAACCUCAAAGUUGUGCAAUCCGACCAGCUAGUGCUCUACCUGUUAAUGUUAACAAUGGAAACUAAGGCAAUGAAAUAUGUAUUAAUUGAAUUAAAUGUCGAGAUGAAUUUAUUUUCUACUUAAAAUUUAAAUAAG